CAUUUUAAUGUAAGAGCUGUUUUCCUUGCAGAUUAAUAAAAUGGCCCAAGGUAACCCCGUGUUUGACUACCACGAAGAGUCUCAAAGUGAGAAAUUGGCGCGUAAAUCAAAGGAAUCUCCGUUUAUGAUUAUUGGUCUAGGCGGGCUGGCGGCGGCCGUGGGCAUGGGCGCGUACCAGUACAAAAGGCGCGGCGCCAUGAGCACCAGCGUGUUCCUCAUGCAGUUCCGCGUGAUCGCGCAGGGCGCCGCCGUGGGCGCGCUCACCGCCGGCAUGGCCUACACCCUCUUCAGGAACCACUUCUUCAAGCCAAACAAGGAGGACAUCAUCGGCGCCAUCAAACCUAAUGAACACUGAUGCUCACAUAUUGCAAACCUGCUUGGUUAACUCUUAGUUUAAUUUAAUCGAUCCG